CUUUCCUAUUCUGUACAAACUACUUGUUGUGCCACAGCCAGUGAGUGCAUGGCAUUGCAUGGCAAGUGCCAGUGCCUCUCUGUUGGCCUUCCCUGUACGGGGUUCUGCACAUGGAACCUGACAUUAACAUUAUAUGUGUGUGUGUGUGUGUGUGUGUGUGUGUGUGUGUGUGUGUGUGUGUGUGUGUGUAAAAAUUAGUGCUGAAAUGAACAAUUGUUUUCCUUAUAAAAAUACCUGACAAUUUCCCAAAGCCGAAUAAAAUUAUCUAAACCGCAAAGAAAUGUAACAGUCCUAUAAGUCAUCAGACACAGUUAAUAUUUGAUCCUGUGUUUCCUCAGGGUUUGUGGAGUUCGGCCUCCUGGAGCAGGUGCACCUGCUGGAGUGCUGCUGGCUGGAGGUUCUGAUGAUGGGGCUGAUGUGGAGGUCCGUGGACCAUCCAGGGAAACUCAUAUUCUCCCCCGACCUCAGCCUGAGCAGAGAAGAGGGGAACUGUGUGCAGGGCUUCUCAGAGAUCUUUGAUAUGCUGAUAGCUGCCACAUCCAGGGUGAGAGAACUCAAGCUGCAGAGGGAGGAGUACGUCUGCCUCAAGGCCAUGAUCCUCCUCAACUCCAACAUGUGCCUGAUCUCGUCAGAGGGCAGCGAGGAGCCUCAGAGUCGCUCCAAGCUGCUGCGGCUCCUGGACGCCGUGACGGACGCUCUGGUGUGGGCCAUCGCCAAAUCAGGCCUCCCAUACCGCCAGCAGUACACCCGCCUGGCCCACCUGCUCAUGCUGCUGUCACACGUCCGCCAUGUCAGUAACAAAGGCAUGGACCACCUCCACUGCAUGAAGAUGAAGAACAUGGUGCCUUUGUACGACCUGCUGCUGGAGAUGUUGGACGCCCACAUCAUGCACAGCUCCCGCCUGCCCUCCCGCCCCCAGCAGGAGCCUGGGGACCUGACAGAGGUUUCUGUUCGGCCCCUGAGCUCCAGCAGCUCCAUGUCCAACACCUGGACGCCUGGCAGCACCGGGGGUGGAGGUGAACCACAAUGAAUUCACCGCUUUGCACAUAGUUCACAAGACUGAUAAUUUUUUUACUGGAACAUUCUGUGGAAUUCACCGGGGAAACUUUGACACACGCUGCACUUAUUGUAGUGAACUCAACUUUGGAGAUUUCGGAUAUUACUCUGCAGACAGCCUGAACUUGCUGUUUCCUUUGCCUUACUAAUAAUUAUUAUUAUACAUUAUUCGGUCAGCAGCAUUAGUUCUUGCUUACAUUUGCAAUUCAUGCAAUAUGUUAAUACAAAGAUUCUCUCGGGCUGAGCAGCUUAUUUCACAUCAGAUCAUUUUCAUAUUCAUCGUCCAUGUUAUUCUGUAGGUCCAACAGAAGAAACAUUGUACCAAAAAUGACUGAAGAAAACAACCAGGCCAAGAAAAACAGAUAGAUCAACCGCCUUUUGUAGAAAAGAUAGGCUUGAGUCAUAUGAUGAUGAUACAUGAGAACAAAAUAGAUAAUAACUAUACCUACAGCUUCUAUCAAGGUUGCUGCUAUUUAUUGUAUACCUCUUGAUAUAUAUAUUGGGUUUACAGUUUGUUAUGAACAUGUUUAAAUACAAUGAUAUGUCAAGUAUUUAAUUCACAGGAAGACAAACAUUCCCAUCUAGUCAUUUCUAUAAAAAGGUUUUUUUGGAUUGAGAUUAAUAUAAUUUUCCACCUAAAGGAACUGUUUAACAUUUUUGAUAAAUGCAUUUUUUAGCUCGCUUGUCAAGAGUUAAGAUCGAUCCAACUUUCAGAAUGAAAACGUAGCUGGAACUGUUUAGUUUAGCUUAGCAUAAAGACUAGAAACAGCUAGCUAGCUAGCUAGCUAUCAGCAACUCUAAAACUCACUACUUAAUAUUUAAAAUAUAUCUUUCUUAUUGAAUCUUUACAAAUACAAACAAACAAUGGGACACAUUUAUUAUUUGUACAGAUUAAUAAAAUGUUUGUUUUAUAGUUGCUGUUAAAAACGUGUUAUGCUAAGCUAAAUGGCUGCUAGCUGUAGCAUAAUUAGCAUACAAUCUUCUCAUCUGACUCUUGGCCACAAAAGGCAAACAAGUGUAUUGUAUUUCCUGAAAUGUCAAACUAUACCUGUUUUACAAAGUCACAUAAACCUUGAGAAAAGACAAUAUAUUUAUAUUGUUAGCAUUUAACAACUAUAGCUCCUGUAUUUCGACAGGAUGCCUGUUGUUCAUAGCGGUUGUAGCCAAAGACAAACAGUCGUCUUGUUGAACAUUUUAAGUAUUUUUUUUUACAAUUCAGUAUAAUAGGAUUUACCCAUCAAGCUUAGAAAAUAGACUGAACCUUUAGUAAAGCCACUAAAAGACAUUGAAAAGAAGAUUUUGUUUGUAACAAGUAGAUCGCCACUAGAGGGCGCUGUACAGCACACUCUGCAGAUGACUCAACAUGUCCGCGCACAGUCUGGUCAUCACAGACUUUCCCCCUCUUGUUUUCUGAGAAGAAGAUCACUACUAUUGCUCUUAAGACAAUUGCACUUCUCAAUUUUUGCUUGAAGAGAGUUAUUUUUAUAUUUUAGACCUCUCUGUUGUAUACAUUGUGAGCACAAUCAUGAUUAAACCACCAGGAUCACUGAGUGCGUUAUAUGUAAAUAUGUAGACUUUUAAACCUCCUCCCAUGAACCUCUGUACUCGUUCAGUCCUGUGUCUUUUCCUCUGGUCACCAUACAUCACACACUGUAUUUUCAAUGUGUACAUGUACAUUGGACGGUAAGUAUUUUCUUUACUAAACGAAUUCAUGAUGUGAUGAUCAUUAAAGUGCUGAACGCUAUUAAAGCUAGUAAGUGAACCUAAAGAUUUUUUUUAAGGAAUUUAAACCCUUAGCCUACAAGUGUUCUUACCUCUGAGUAGAAUAUGUUUUAUUCAUAUACAAAUAUUCCCAUUACCUACAACUUCACAUUAAAUGUUUUCUUUUAAUAUUGAA